UUUCCAACCCUCGAAGACAGCGCAUUCAACCAUGAGGCUCGAUACUAAGGCUAUGCGGUAUCUGACCGCAGAGGACUGGAGAACCCUCACUGCCGUCGAAACGGGCUCCAAAAACCACGAAGUGGUCCCAACGCCACUAAUCGGACAAAUAUCUGGUCUGCGAGGUGGGGUUCACAAGAGCAUAUCUGCACUGGCCAAAGUAGGACUGAUUGCGCGUCUGAAAAAUGCCAAAUACGAUGGGUAUCGCCUGACCUAUGGAGGACUCGACUAUCUUGCUCUGAACACAUACCGGAAGCGAAAGGAUGUAUACAGCGUGGGCAAUCAGAUCGGGGUUGGAAAGGAAAGCGAUAUCUUCGUCGUUGCGGACGAGAAGGGCGUUCAGAGGGUAUUGAAGAUCCACAGACUUGGUCGCAUCUCCUUCCGAACUGUCAAGGCAAACCGGGAUUACCUACGGAACCGAUCGUCGGGUUCUUGGAUGUACAUGUCACGUCUGGCAGCUUUGAAAGAGUUUGCCUUCAUGACGGCCCUCCGAGAUAACGGGUUUCCUGUUCCAGAGCCGCUGUCACAAUCAAGACAUACGAUAGUUAUGUCCUUGAUAGAUGCUUUUCCUAUGCGUCAAAUCUCCUCCGUGCCAGAUCCAGCUGCCUUGUACGCGGAGCUCAUAGCCAUGAUUCUACGACUCGCACAGUAUGGGUUGAUACAUGGCGAUUUUAAUGAAUUCAACAUUUUGAUCAAGGAAGAGACGAACAAGAAUGCAACGGAAGACUCCAAGACGGAGUCUAUAACUUUAACACCGAUCCUUAUCGACUUUCCACAGAUGGUCUCCAUUGACCAUGUUAAUGCAGAGUAUUACUUCGACCGCGACGUCAAUUGCAUCAAGCGAUUUUUUGAGCGCCGUUUCCAUUUCGUCAGUGAUGAGAAAGGCCCACAUUUUGCGGACGCACGGAAACUAGUUGGGAAGGAUGGGGUCGAGAGACUUGAUGUAUCUGUCGAGGCGUCGGGAUUCUCCAGGAAAAUGGCAAAAGAACUUGAGGCUUAUAUGAAAGAGGUUGGCGUCGAUGGUGACGGAUCAUCGGCUGCCACUCCAGGAGACGAGGAUGAAGAAGAAAACGAGGAGGACGAAGAUGAAGAUAACAGCGAAGAAGAAGAUUCUUAUGUGGACAGAGACCAAGCAGGCACCAGUGAGCAGCCAGAAUCGACAACUUCCACCAUCGAGGAGUCUGGCAUUGUACGGGACCGUUUUGGAAAUGAAGUUUCAGUAUCCCAGCUCCAGGUCGAUGACAAGACGUGAGGUAAAACACACUACAAGAGUACAAUACUAUUCGUCACUUCCAACGACUAAUUCCGUCGAAUAAAUAGCCUCCCAGAAGCCUGAGCUGAACAAGUCACUGUCAAACUGAAAGCCACCGUUCCGGUAAGACAAGGGCCGGGGUGGCAGGGGAGGAAGGGGAAUGCCGCAGUUAGGGCAUUCAGUUUAUGAAUCUGGACUUUAUAGACACGAUGACAGCGGUAUAUCAGAUGGCAACUCUCAGUGGAAUUGUGUUCAACUAUGCU